AUGCACGUGGAAUUGUUUCUCUGUCCUGGCAUCCAUCAACCGUGCAUAGAAUUCGAAAAAGAAAUGAUUACACCGAAGGAAUUCACUGUUCGAGCAAAUAAGGACAAGCAGAAAGACUGGAAAGGCAGCAUAAGGAUAGGAAAAUCGAAUUUGAGGUAA